AUUGAUCUAGCCGUGUUGUAAAUGCUUCAAACCAGCAGAUUGGUGGGGAUGGGUAGAUAAAUAUCAUCCUCCCACGUUCUCUAGUCUGGCAAGCAUUGUUCGGCAAGAAAAAAUAAAAGUAAACUAGCACAAAUAUGGCUCGCACCGCGUAACUCCUUCCUUUAAAGCCACCACCUUCUCGGGAAUGGGACAAUGAAUCAGACCUGAAACACACAGAAACGAAAACUAGAUGACAUCCAAUAUGGGCACUGGUAGAAACUGGUUCAACACAGUUCGAAAAAGGUUCAUCAAAUCAUCCAACCAAAGAGACACCACCAUCCUUCACAGCGGAAAUCUAAGCCAGCAUCCAAUGAUCAAAGAAGCUAGAGACUUCCCCAACAUCUCAGCUUCGUCUACAUCAUCAUUUCAGACAAAACAUCUACAGAGGACAUUGCAGCAAUUCAAAUCCAGUCGCUCUUCAGGGGGUCACCUUGCAAGACGAGCAUAUAGAUCUUUGAGAAGCCUAGUCAAGCUACAAGCAGUGACGGAUCUAGAAAUUAAAAAAUGGGGUUCCAAAAUUUUAAUACCCUAUUCUAAAAAAUUUUGGGUUACAGGUCAGAGUUUGUGCCCGCCAACCGCUCAGCAAGUACAGUGAGUGACUGCCGAUUUUCCCUGCGGUGUCACCUUCAGUUUCAACUAACCACGAACACUGUUUGCUACAGGUAUAAGUUAUAACCUUUUCCAUUUCAAAAAUUUUCCGAUACAACAAUUCCUGUACUCUCUUUUCACAAAAUUUUAAUAAACAUAAACAUGAGAGAUUGAGUCAUGAUCCAGGAAUGUGAUAAUGAUGAACUGUACUUUCAGAUGAUCCAUUUUACAGAUUGCAAAAACAGAAGAUAUGAAAAGUCAAGUAUUAGGGUUUCACAUAACAGCUUAGAGAAGACAAAAAAGUAGGAACCAAAGAGGGAAAUUGUAACUUAGGAUUGCUGAAAACUGAAUCACUCUCCAAAUGCACACUGCUGUACUGAAUAGCUCAUCAUUCAUAAUGCUAUAUAUAAAACGAUAAAAUGCAGUCAGACAAUAAUACUUGUUGUUCACAGCA